GCAAAUAUUACUCCGCAAAACUCGCUCUUGAAAAAGGCUUAAAGACCAAUGAAAGUAAAGCUUUUCUCGCGAAGCUGCUGGAUAUAUUGGAACAAGAGAAAAAAAGUAUUGGUGAAAUGGUUACGAAUGAUACAGCCGGCGAAGCAUAUGUUGAGAACUUUGGAUUAAAGAUUUUCUUGAAUGCAGAUAAUGAAGAUCGCGCCGGGAAGGCAUCAAAGAAAACUGCAAAGAAUUUUCUUGCAGCUUCAAUUUUUUUAGAAUUACUUAAAAUAUUUGGAGAAUUAAACCCUGAGAACGAGGAAAAAAUCAAAUACGCAAAAUGGAAAGCAACCGAUAUUACCAAAUCAUUGAGAGACGGAAAAACUCCGAUACCCGGUCCUCCUGGAGGUGAUGCAAAAUCUCAGUCACCAACAACGGAAAAUUUUGAGGGUAUUCAUUCUUCUGAAAUUGUUCCCGGUAUUGAUCAAUUCCCUUCUGCACCAUUCUCAAAUGGGUUGAAAAUAGAACCUCUACCAGAAGACAGUCAGAAUCCUUUUCCAUCAUUUUCCUCUGUACAAAAUCCUGAUUUUCAUCAGCAACCUCAACCUGCUUUUACACCUCAUCCAGACUCGUUCCCCAGUGUAAAAGAUUUGAGUUCUUCUUUAGACCAGAUUGAUUCAAUAAAUCAACCAAUAGUACCCCCUCUCCCACCGAAGAUUAGCGAAUUCCCUAGCAGCACGUUUGAUAAAUUUAAUCAACCACCACCAGUGUUAUCAUCUUUUAAUUCAUCAAUGCCAACGACGCAAACAUUUUAUGACACGCCACCAGGAUUCAAUAAUAAUGACUUAUUGCAUCAUCAACCUCCUUCAGUACAAACUUAUUCUUCGCAACUGCCACCAAAUUAUGGUCAAAACAUCAGCCCUGUUACUUAUCAACCGCCUCAGAUUUCGGGGUCUCUUCCUCACGGUCAACAAUUCCGUCCCCAUACACAUCAAAGGCCUCAAAAUUAUUCCGAAAUUGAUCCAAGCACUGUAGCUCAGGCUCAAAAGCAUUGCAAAUGGGUCAUUAGCGCAUUAAAUUAUAAUGAUGUUAAAACUGCUGUCGAAAAUCUUCACAAGGUGUUGGCGAUGCUAGAGCCUUAUAAUCAAUGA